UGUCCUUUCUUGCCAGAGAGGUUUCUGUGGCACGGUCUCCUCUCCUUUCACCUCGUCAAAGCCUGCCAUCCAAUAAGACACUGUCAAGGAAAGUACUGGAGAAUGAGACAGAACGGAAACUGCCAUUCGGAGGGCCUCCCCCCUUCUAUUCUUCGAUUCCGGCUUCGUUUCUUGGGUUGGAGAGAGAUUUCUGUGGGUUUUUUCUUUUUUUAAAGGUCUAUGUAGGGUAACCGGCCCAAAGGUUUGCAUUUGAUCAGAUAUUUUGUUCGUGGGACCUUUGUGUUGUUGGAUUGUGGGGCAAAGCCAGCAUCUUGGCUGGAGAGCUUUGUCCGGAGAGUCCUCGGUUCUAUUUCUUCUUUUUCUACUUCAUUUCUUGGGUGGGAGAGAAAUAGCGGGUGGGAUUUUAAUUGCUCCGAGGAGAUAGUGGCUUCAAGCCAGGAACUUGAUCGGAGUUUUUGUUCCUGGUACCUUUGUUGUUUAAGAUUUUGUGGCAAACGUAGCAUCUUGGCUGCAAGGCGUUUACUGGGUAAUCGUCUCCUUUUUGGGUGAUUGUAUUGAGGUGUUGGGGAACUCUCUUUGGGGAUUUAUUGGUGGUUUCUGAUAUUCGGGAGCUGUCGUAGAUUUAGGGUUUAGUGAGGUUCUUGGUGGAAUUUUCUCUGGAUAUGUGUCUCUGCGGUGGCUUCUAGAUGUGUAACGUUGUGUGGCUUUUUCAGGUUAUUUGGCUGAUUUUUCAGCUGGCUUUUGACAUUUAGUGGUGUUGGGGGGAUGAAGUUUCAGGAUUUAUCAUGAAUUUUGGAAGAUUAAGGAAUUACGCUGUAGGAUGCUGUUUGUUUUUGAUGUUGUGCGUCUCGCCUUGGUGAUUUUGAGGGAGUCUUUCCUCUAAAUAUGGCAACCUCUUUUUUGAUCAAAAUAUAGCAAGCUCUUUAAGUUGAUAAGGGAUUGUGUUGUUUUGACUUCAAAUUUUAUUGGAAUCCCUCUAAAGUUGAAGGCUUUAUGAGAAUUUAGAGGUCACUCAGCUGUCCUCUGAGUUACAUUUUCCUUUUGGGACUGUUCAAGAUGGCCUGUGUGAAGCUGGGAGCAAAAACCGAUGCAUUCAGACGGCAAGGGCAGGCCUGAGACUGUGUUGCCAAUGGACGAUGGUGGCCCGGGCCUGAAAUUUGGUGCCAAACCAGGGAGAGCUGACACAGGUUUUGCACAACCGGUCUUCCGAGUGAUGUUACUAUGGAAGUUGGAGAGAUCUCUUUCCAUCUUCAUAAGUUUCCUCUGUUAUCCAAGAGUGGCCUUUUGGAAAAAUUAAUCGGUGAGAAAUCUGAUGAGGAAGAUGGAUGUAUCAUAAAGCUACCAGAUGUUCCUGGUGGAGCAAAAGCAUUUGAACUUGUUGCUAAGUUCUGCUAUGGUGUGAAGUUGGAACUGACUGCAUCAAAUGUUGUCUAUGUGCGUUGUGCUGCUGAGCACCUUCAGAUGACCGAAGAAAUUGCUGAGGGCAACUUGAUUGCUCAAACUGAAACCUUCCUUAACCAAGUAGUCCUACGUAGCUGGAAAGACUCAAUCAAGGCACUCCAGACUUGUGAUGAUGUUCUCCCUCAUGCUGAAGAUCUGCACAUUGUGAAGAGAUGCAUUGAUUGCUUAGCUAUAAAAGCAUGUACUGACCCAAAUUUGCUUGGCUGGCCGAUGAGGGAGCAUGGUCCUAUGCAAAGUCCUGGAGGAAGUGUACUGUGGAAUGGAAUAAGCACAGGAGCCAGGCUGAGAAAUAGCAGUACGGAUUGGUGGUAUGAGGAUGUAUCAUCCUUAAGUCUUCCAAUGUAUAGGAGGUUGAUUUCAGUCAUGGAAUCUCGAGGGAUCAGAGAGGAGAUUGUUGCAGGCUCGCUUACUUUCUAUGCAAAAAUGCGUUUGCCAGGGCUUAAUAGGCGUCAGAGUAUCAGCACAACUGGAAUUCAUAGAGAACCCAAAGCUGCACCAUCUGAAGAGGAACAGAAGCAUCUUAUUGAAGAGCUUGAUAGGCUGUUGCCUUUGCAGAAGGGUGUGACAUCAACUAAGCUUUUGUUUGGUCUUCUUCGCACGGCAAUGAUCCUGCAAGCCAGCCCAUAUUGCUUGUCGAACUUGGAGAGAAGGAUAGGAAUGCAACUAGACCAGGCUAGUUUGGAAGAUCUGUUGAUACCUAGCUUCUCUGGCUCCAUGGAAACACUCUACAACGUGGAUUGCAUCCACAGAAUUCUUGAACACUUCUUAGCUAUGGAUCAGAUGACUGGUGGGGUAUCCCCUGGUUUAGCUGAUGAUGAGCAGCUGUUGGGAUCCCCAUCUUUGACACCAAUUACUGUGGUCGCCAAGCUGAUUGAUGGGUAUCUGGCAGAGGUUGCACCAGAUGUUAACCUGAAGCUACGCAAGUUUCAAUCAUUGGCAGCUGCUCUACCAGAAUUUGCCCGACCCUUGGAUGAUGGACUGUAUCGUGCCAUUGACAUAUACUUGAAGGCACACCCAUGGCUUACAGAGUCUGAAAGGGAAGAGCUAUGUCGGCUGAUGGACUGCCAAAAGCUCUCCCUAGAGGCUUGCACUCAUGCAGCCCAGAAUGAGAGGCUCCCACUUCGAGUUGUGGUCCAGGUUCUCUUCUUUGAGCAGCUUCAGCUGAGGACUUCUAUUGCUGGAUGCCUCCUUGUGUCUGACAACCUUGAUGGUUCAAGGCCGCUGGGGAGUGGCCUUCCACUUUCAGGUGAGGGUGGUGGGUGGGCAUCAGCUGUUAGGGAGAACCAAGUCUUGAAGGUGGGCAUGGACAGUAUGAGGAUGAGAGUGUCUGAACUUGAAAAGGAGUGCUCAAGCAUGAGGGAGGAGAUUGAGAAGCUGGCCCUGGGAAGGAAAGGUUGGAGCCCCAUCCAAAGGAAGUUUGGGUUCAAUAUGAAAUCCCAGAUGUGUAGUGCCCAAGAAGGUUCAGUGAGCGAUGAGAAAAAUGCAGUUGAGAAGGUUGAGAAAUUGCAACCAAAGGCUAUGAAGCACAAGAAGCAAUUAUCUUUAAAUGAGUGAGCCUCCUCUGUUAGUGUCACAUGGUUGUGGAUUUAGUUUUCUGGAUUUUUUUUGGUUUUGUUGAUAAUUUAUAUGGAUAUGUUUCCUUUCCUAUUCUUCUUUCUGAAGGCCCGUGACUUUUGUUCAGUUAGAAGUAGGAGCAGUUGCAAACAAGAAAAAUGUUGUUCAUGUUCCUACUCUUGGUUGUUUUAGGUGAUUGUCAAAUUGUUGAGGCAUUUUAAUUUAACCCACCGAAUUAAAUCC